AUUCUUACUCAUCUUAUGGGCCAUUGGGGGGCCCAGGCGGCCCCUCUCAAAUCCACCACUGGAGAACUUACAAAUAUAGAUAACAUGUUUGUGAGUAAACGCUCUAAAAAACGUCUCCGGAACAAUUCAUUUUCUAAUCGACUAUGGCUAGCUACAGUGAUCAUGAUGACUGCCAGCACCGGCAUUACGAUAGCAGCAGCAGCCGUCGAAUCGCCGUCGACUCUCGCGCCCGAACAGACGACCGCGGCCCCGGCGAGACCGAACGUGACGGUGGACUGCGUGCGGCGGGUCACGUGCGCUGAAUGCGCGGCCGCGGCGCCGGCGUGCAGCUGGUCGCUGGUGCACCAGUCGUGCAACGACACCGCGGCGACGGAAAAACAGCUGAUCGAAGACCCGGGCGACGACGGCCAUCACCAUCCGCCCACCAGGCCGGUGGCGGACGCCGGUUCGUGUCCGCGGUUCAAGGUCGACUAUCAGAAACAGACGACCAUGGACGCGACGAACCGGACGCUGAACGUGAAGGUGUCCAACGACCCGACGGGCACGUUCAGGGCGCUGCUGGAGCGGGGCCGAGUGCUGUGCCACCUCAACGAGAUGGAGUUCCCGGGCAAGGUGGAGAGCGGCGGCCGGCAGAUCACGUGCCAGGCCGAUCACUUGGAGUCGGCCAACUCGUCGCUGUCGUCCAUCGUCUACUUCUACGCGUCCGUCAACGGCGCCGCGCUGACGUUCGACGACAAGCGCGACCACUACUUGGACUUCGCCGUGCCCCGGAACGCGUGCGUCACCGAAAAUCCGGUGGGACCCAGCGACGAGUGCAAGGUGUGCCUGUGGGACGACGACCGCGCGUACCGGUACUACUGCCAGUGGUGUCCCAAGAGCAACCCGUGCACCGGGUCGUACCAACAGUGCGACGUCCGCCGGCUGUCCGAUCCCGGUCGCACGGUCGCCGUCCAAGACGUGCUCGUCCAGUGUCCCGAGGUGCGCAUCGAGUCCAUCGAACCGCUGUACGGGUCGUGGGCCGGCGGCACCACCGUGCGGAUCGUCAUCAGCAACCACCGGACGCUGUCCGAGAACAAGGUGACCGUGGUCAAGGUGGCCGACAGCCGGUGCCUGCUGCCCACCGCGUCCGUGGACGGCACGACCGUCACGUGCACCAUACCGCCGACCAACUCGAGCGCGCUGAACCAGGGCCCGGUGGAGGUGACGUACAGGUCGGAGGUGAACAAGCUGCUGCCCACGUUCACGCUCAGGUCCAACCAGACAUUCUACUUCGUCGAGCCCGUCAUCACCAACGUGUGGCCGUCCUGCGGACCCGUCACCGGCGGCACGCGGGUCACGAUCCGCGGACGGUUCCUGGACGCCGGCAACACCGUCCGGGUGUACAUGCGGGACAACAUCACGUGCGCGGUGCAGACGCACAGCCAGAACGAGGUGACGUGCCUGACGGGCGCCAGCGACGGGCCGUCGGCCAGCGCCAUACGCGUCGAGUUCGACCACUAUCUGAACAAGUACGUGUACGACCCGCCGUUCAUGUACACGUCCGCGCCCGCCCUGGACGGCGGCCAGUCGUUCCGGGGAAUAUCUUCGGGCGGCACCCAGCUUCCGGUCCACGGCCACGACUUUGCGUGCAUCCACAACCCGCUGGUGCACGUGUCCUACAACGGUAUCCAGUACACCGGAAGUUGCGCGGUCCGGAACGACACGUUCAUGGUGUGCACCGCGCCCACCAUCAACCGGCCCGCGCCGCACCAGGUGACCGCGCUGCAGUUCGGCUUCCAGGCCGACUACAACGACACCAUCGUCAAGAUGCCGCUGCCCGCCGACACGCCCGACUACACGCUGUACCCCGACCCGGUGUACACCAACUUCGAGACGGAAGGGCGCACCGUCACGGUUUACGGUCUAAACAUCGACCAGGGUUACGACCGGGACGCCGACCUGUCCGUGCUGUUCCACAAGACCGGCGUGCCGUGCAACGUCACGUCCGUCCAACCCGAUCGCAUCGUUUGCCGGCCGCCCAAAGGGCUGUUGUUCAACGACCACGGCGGCCGUUCGGACGACGGCCGGGUGGACGGCUACGGAGGCGGCGACGAGGACGACGACGACGAUCUGCCCGCGGCCCUGGUCAACGACGAGAUCAUCGUCACCGUCGGCAACCUGGUUUACGAGGUCAAGCGGAAGCCGCAGACCAGACGCCGCACGUUUCCGAUUCGCAUCAACACCAUCAUCUUCGGCGGCAUCGCUCUGGUGUCGCUGAUCAUCACCAUCGUCGCGGCCAUCGUGUACUGCAUGAAGAUCGCCAUGACCAUUUCCCAACAGCAGACGGAAAUGCGAUCGCUGUGCGAGCACCUCAACAGCACCGAAUCCGGAUUGGGCGUGUGCACCGGAACCGAAACCGGAAGCAAAGGCGACGUCGAGUCUGCGGCCGCCGCGGCACCGGUCAAAGACAGAUCGUAGGGGGGGGGGCGAUAUUACUUAUUAUAUAACAUCAUCGUGCACGACGGUCGUCCAAUAAUAAGGUCGACAAUAAGAUCGGACGAGUCCUUUUUAUUCCCGAGCGACUCGUAGGUAUAAUAUGUAUAAAAUAAGUAUAACAGGCAUAUCGUAUACAGGGCGGUUUUCUAAUCGAACACACGUUAACGUUUCUUGGAAAUUUUUUUGUUUUUUCGUUUAAAGUCUAAAUAAAAGAAAUAUUAAUAGUUUUCAAAAAUAAUAAAUGGUUUACGAUAAAAUAAUCACCCGGUAUGGGUAAUGCAGGAAUACUAAUGUGUAGGUACCUUAGGUAACACGCGUGUCAGUUGUGUAUUAUAAUAUAGGUAUUGAUCUUCGCGUGAUCUACGUCGUUCGUCCUUAACAAAAUAUAAAAUAUUUAUAACUAUAAUUAUUUAUCUCUAUAAUUUAUAACAUUUAUUAUUAGGUUAUGCGAGUUGGACAAUAUGAUUAUUACCUAUUUGCGUAUAAGCUUUAGCCAGUAAGGAUCGCCGCUGUAUAGAAAUAAUGUGUAACGAUAACUAUGAUAAAUUUUCGUAGGUACUUGCGUGUAAAUGUAAAAAGUAAAAUAAUAUUUUUAGUGACAUAUUAAUGUAAUGCAUUAUAAGUAGGUACCUAUAAUAUUUGGGUUAAAUGCGGAGUUUAUUUAAUUAUAUGUAGUAAUAUUAAUUUAUAGAUCGUUGUACAUAGAUAUUAUAUUAUAAUUAUAUUUUAUUUUUGAAUAA